AUGCUGCGUUUCAGGCCGCUGGCAUUUCAAACGAACGCUGCAGGGUCACCUUUUUCGCUCCGUUUCAAACGCCGACUCCAGUCCACCGUUGCGGCCGCCGCGGAGACGGCCUGGAGGGCCCCUCCCACCAACAGGGCGGUGGCACACUGGCUGUACUGCUCAGCGGCGUUGGUGGGGGGCGUGGUAGUCAUUGGCGGUGUCACCCGCCUCACGGAGAGUGGGCUGAGCAUCGUGGACUGGAAGCCCGUGACGGGCGUGCGUCCCCCCAUCACGCACCAGGAGUGGGAGGACGAGUUUGCCAAGUACCAAAACUUCCCUGAGUUCAAGCAAAAGGACAAGAUGACGCUGGAGGAAUUCAAAUUUAUUUUCUUUUGGGAGUGGGCGCAUCGCCUCAUGGCGCGCAGUCUGGGGCUUGUCUACGGCCUGCCUAUGAUGUACUUUCUCUGCAAGGGCCGUCUCAGGGGCCACCACGCACUCACUGCCGCCCUCGUCGCGAUUCUUGGGCUGGGUGGGGCGCAGGGGGCGAUGGGGUGGUACAUGGUCCGCAGUGGCCUCGACCCACGGCUCCUGGAGGAGCGGCGGAAGGCCACGGUUUCGGCCUACCGCCUCGCGGCGCAUUUGGUGUUGGCCUUUGCGAUUUACGCCAGUAUGAUGCGCAUUGGCUUCGGACUGAAACUUCCACGAGUGGGCGAGUUUCAAGGCAAGGCGGGUAUUCAGCUCUCUGCCCGGCUCGCGUUCGUCAUUGUUUUUUGCACCGUCGUUUCUGGAGCUUUUGUGGCGGGGCUGGACGCGGGUCUCAUGUACAACAACGAGUUCCCCUGGAUGGGCGGCGGCGUCGUGCCUCCCCGCGACCACCUUCUCACGGUGGAGCCCUGGUGGCGCAACGCCCUUGAGAACCCGGCGGCGGCGCAAACCUGGCAUCGUCUGAUGGCUGCCGUGAGCACCGCCGCGGUGCUGGGGUUGAAUGCGGCCUGCUUUCGUCACCAUGCGGUGCUUCCAACGAUGCUGCGGCGCAGCUUGGUGCCCGUCAACGGCAUUCUGGCUCUGCAGGUGCUGUUGGGCAUUUGGACCGUUACCUCCUACGUGGACGUGCCCAUUGCCACGGCGCACCAGUUGGGCUCGCUGCUUCUCUUGACGAGCGUCAUUCGCGUCUGCGCCGUCCUUGGAUCCCGCGGGCUGCUGUUAGCGUAG